GAGGGGGACGUGUAGAAGACAUGGGCGGCGGUGGAGCGUGGCUGUGCGUGUUGGUUCUGGUCGCAGGCCGGUGUCGGGCCAUUAAGGACUGUCUGGACGGGAUCCAAAUCAACGUGAUUGAGAUGGACGACGACGAGUUUCCGUGGAGUCUCAAGUUGGUGGAACACGCAGUUCGUGAAGCCAUCGAACAGGAUUCCCUCAUCAACGGCCCGCUCGGCACUAACCUCACAGCCAACUUCAGAGGUUUUAACCUGCAGCACUACAACCGGAAGGGCUGCGGUGGCAGUACAUGUGGGGGAGUGGAGAUUGUCAAAAACCUGACGAAUUCGGGGGAAGUUGGCUGUGCCCUGCUGGGACCAACCUGUACCUAUGCCACCUUUCACAUGGUCGACGCGGAGGUGGGCCUGAAGCUCGCGAAGCCCAUCAUCUCUGCAGGUAGCUUCGGUCUUUCUUGUGACUAUAAGCCCAACUUGCAACGCCUGCUGCCACCGGCACGGAAGAUCUUCAGCUUCUUCACACGGUUCUGGGAGACUUCAAACCAGAUCAAGGAUGAAUGGAAGACUGUCUUUGUUUACAAGAAGCAGACCAACACCGAGGACUGCUUCUGGUACAUAAACGCUCUGGAUGCAGGCUCUGCCCACUUUUCCAUAACACAUUUUCAAAGGAAACUUCUGCGGAAACCCGAAGAGCUUAAAAAAGAACUGUCGUCCCCGAGAAGCAGAUCGAGCAACCUUUUCAUUGUGUGUGGAUCUCCUAAUGACUUGUUGGAGGUGAAAAAUGGAAGUGUUGAGGCAGACAGCAAAGAAGUGGUUUUCAUUCUUAUUGAUCUUUACAAUGAUAACUACUACACCAACCAGACCUCCAUGCCACACAUGAAGAAUGUGUUGGUUCUCACCAUGCCGCAGACACGCAACUACACAGUGGGCACGGUUGUUGCAGAAAACACCACGAUGAACGACUACAUGGCAGCGUACCAUGACUCUGUGCUGCUCUUGGGCGACAUAAUGCGGGACAUCUGGAAAAAGCCUCAUCUAGAGGUUCAACAAACAGAGUCCAUCAAUGUCAAUUACUUCCGGAACAUUUCCUUCAAUGGUAGCGCUGGGAUCUACAAACUAGAUGUGCACGGCGACCGAGAUGUGAUAUUCUCCAUCAUCUACACCACGAGUAAUAACAAGUAUAAAAUGCUGUGUACAUUUGAUACGGAGAACAACCAAACCAGGGUGGUGGAUUCAAACCCUUCUUUCAUCUGGGGAAAAAAACUUCCUAGAGACAGACCAGACCAGGACAUAAAGUGGCACACCAUCAUUGUCAUUGUGUUGGCGGUCACUGUUGUCGUGGUGGCCACCAUCGCCUUCAUUUUCUAUAGACAGAACAGGAGAGACCGUCUGAUCAGGAAGAGGUGGUCUCACAUCCCCAUGGAUCGCAUCAGCCUUCUGGAACAAAACGAACACAACGUGAUCUCACUGAAGAUUGAUGACGAGAGGAAACACAAGAAGUACAAGAUCCGUCGGGGACUCUACGAUAAGAAGAUUGUUAUUCUGAAGGAGCUGAAGCACUCAGAUGGCAAUUUCAGCGAGAGCCAGAGGAUAGACCUCAACUCACUCCUGCGCAUUGACUACUACAACCUGACCAAGUUUUAUGGCACCGUCAGAUAUGAACAGGGUGUGUUUGGAGUGUUUGACUAUGGAGAGAGGGGUUCAUUAAGGUAUGUGUUGAAUGACAAGGUGUCGUACCCUGAGGAGACCUUCAUGGACUGGGAGUUCAAGAUCUCUGUUAUGUAUGACAUCACCAAGGGCAUGUCCUAUCUCCACGCCAGUGAUAUCGAGGUUCAUGGCCGCCUCAAGUCCACUAACUGUGUUGUGGACAAUCGCAUGGUGGUGAAGAUCACUGACUUUGGCUGUAACACUAUUCUGAACCCUAGCAGAGAUUUGUGGACCGCUCCAGAACACUUAAGGAAACAAGGGAUCUCUCAGAAAGGAGACGUUUACAGCUUCGCCGUUAUCGCGCAGGAGAUCAUCCUCCGAAAGAGCACCUACUACACGGAGUGCUGCUCUGACCACGCAGAAAAGCUGUCCAAGAUUCAAUAUCCCAGCAUCAUGUCCUACUUCAGACCUCACUUCAACUUCAAGACGACCUCAGAGAAAGAAUUGGAGGUAUACAUGUUGAUAAAAACCUGCUGGGACGAGGAUCCAGAAAAAAGGCCCGAUUUCAAGAAGGUAGAAUUUUGUCUGGGGAAAAUCCGCAGUAACCUUCAUAACCAGGUCAAUGAGAGCUACAUGGACAACUUGAUAAGACGCCUGCAGAUGUACUCUAAAAACCUGGAGCACCUGGUGGAGGAGAGGACAGCGCUGUAUAAAGCUGAGAGAGACAGAGCCGACUUCCUCAACUCCAUGCUGCUGCCGGGCCCGGUGGUAAAGUCUCUGAAGGAGACUGGAGUGGUGGAGCCAGAGCUGUAUGAUGAAGUGACAGUUUAUUUCAGCGACAUCGUCGGCUUCACCACAUUGUGUCUGUACAGCACUCCCAUGGAGGUGGUGGACAUGCUCAAUGACAUCUACAAAGGCUUUGACAGCAUCGUCGACCACCAUGAUGUGUACAAGGUGGAGACGAUAGGCGAUGCGUACAUGGUGGCGUCUGGGCUACCCAAACGGAACGGCAACAGACAUGCGGUGGACAUCUGCCGCAUGGCGCUGGAUAUCCUGGCCUUCAUGGGGACCUUCCAGCUCAGACACCUGCCCGGCAUACCGGUCUGGAUCCGCAUCGGGGUACAUUCAGGUCCUUGUGCUGCAGGGGUGGUUGGUGUAAAGAUGCCCAGAUACUGUCUGUUUGGAGACAUGGUCAACACAGCUUCCCGCAUGGAGUCUACAGGCCACCCCCUGAGAAUCCAUGUCAGUCAGCCCACCAUCCACAUCCUCCAAAGGACAGACUGCAAGUUUGAAUACGAGAUGAGAGGAGAGGUCUACCUGAAGGGUAAGGGCACAGAGACCACUUACUGGCUGACUGGUGAAACAGGAAAAGAGUACGACCUCCCAACACCUCCAACAACAGAGAACUUCCAGCGGCUCCAGCAGGAUCUGGCCCAGAUGAUCAUCGAGUGUUUGGACCGCCGCUCCCGGGAGUCCAUCCGGAAGAGGAAGACCCUCUCCAUGAGGGAGAGGAAAGUGGAGAUGAAUGAACAGGACAGGGAGGGGGAGAGUGAUGCGCCUGAGUAUCUCCAGGUGGCCAUGGUUGAAAACACACUCAGUACCUUCCUCUAGAGGCAGAUGGAUGUCCAGCCGAUACACCCUCCACAAUAUGACAGGGAAUUCAGAUCCUCAGAGAUUUGAAGUCACACAUUUUACGCUCAUUUUAUUCUCUCUGACCGACUUUUCACUUCAGUGUCCAUCUGUGGGACAAAGGUACCGACCCAGUCUUGUGUCCCUGAGGGAUGACCUGAGCUUAUGGCAUCAUGUGAAUUACCGAUCCAAUUUUUCAAAAUUCAGCUUCUGGCCAUCAUUGUACUUGUUUCCUCCGCCCCACGGCGAAAGCUCAGACUGAAUUAAGUUAAAAUGACACCAGCGGUUUGAUGCCACAUUAAAUCUGACGGCUUAUUUUCACAUGCCGCAGCACAAACCAGAUGCUGUAGAAUAACCUCAGCACGAAAAGAAAACAGACAUUAAAACCGGCACCAGGCGAAAAACCUGACAUUUGACCUGACUGUUUUCUCAGAUAUUCCCUAUCUAAAUUGUUGAUAGAACAAGAUUCAUCGUUUUUGUUUACGUGAGAUUUUAGAAACGGGGUCGAAACACUUCCAGCCAUCCUACAUAGUUGAUCAGGUGACCGACUGUAUUUUGCAUACAUGCUGUGUAAAUCUGCCAGGGAUCGGGCUGCGUACAUAGGCGUGUGUACACAAUGUAAAAUGAUGUAUUUGUAGAGACAGAUCCUUUUUGGAGAUCAUAGUAGUGCUAAUACUCUAGAAAGAAAAGCAGAGGCUCUGAAUUUGCUUCUUUUUUUUUCAAAAAAGACAAAACUUUAUUUUUGUUGACAGUAGUGACACCAAAUUUACAAUAAAUCAGUUAAGUUUCAGUUUGUCACACGUGGCUGAAAUGAUUGCACGUCGUAUGGGACGUCUGAACUGAAGACCAUCGAUGGAACCUUUCAGACAUAAAACCUGCAGCGGUUUAAUUGAGGCGUCACCUGUCUUACGUCACUUUUGUGUCCUGCAAGACACCAGAAUCAAAUAAAAAUGCUUAUUUGACACAUUUGUACAGAUUUCUUUAAAAAAAAAAACAAGACAUCAAAUCCUGUAUAAAAAGACAAUUUGCUAUACAGCAGAAACCAGUCCACGUAUUGAAUAAACACGACACAGAAGAGGAGCUUACGAAGGGUUUAUAUCAAGUCUUAUAACGCUUGUUUGCAGAUGUUGCUAGUACCAGUUUCAUACCCCACGGGGAGCGCGUAUUGCUUGUUUGUGUAAGGUGACGUCAUAAGGCUUGUUUCAAAACAUUUACUGUAAAAAAAAAUAUCUCAACAUUUCUGAUUUUAAGUGGUCUUCCCCUCUUUGGUGUAAAGUCUUGAAAUCAUGCAACAAGAACACUUGAAACGAGCAAUAGUGAAGACCAGUGGGGUGAGGAAAUGCGACCAGCAAUAUCUUCAAACAAGCCUCGUGGGACUUAGAACCAAGAUGAGAGACCCUUGUUAAGCUUGACUUUUUACAGUGUGCUAAAAUAAGUCCGCCAACCAGACCGGGGAGCAGGGAAGAGUCUGUCUGUCUACAUAAUUCAUGGACGUCACACAUGGAAGAGUCGGAACUGGACAUGCAAACGGAGCUUUAUGAGACUGAACUAGCUUUAAAAUGUUUUGGGAGGAAGGAAUAUUUGUCCACUGCCACGUUGCGGGAAACUUGGGUCUGUUUUCCAAAGGUUGAGCCGGACGGAGCUGCACGUCCACGUCGGACAUCGUCACGACAAAAAAAAGUAAAAUUAAAGCCGCACGCGGCGUUGGGAGGGGUCCAAGCAUUGGCACUGUUGCGCCCCCUAUGGAGCAAUUUGAAUGGUUUUGUCCUCAUGAUCAAAUACCUUCACCCAACGUAAAUAAUGAACGCUAUGAUACGUAGGGGCCUUUUAUACACCUGGCCUGUAAUAGACUACCGUUUCAACAUGAAACUAAACCGCUCUUAUUAGUGUAACCGGUUAUUUUCUUGCCCGGUGCGGGAUUCGAUACGGGGUGUACUGCACCACAAGGCGGCAUCACUAACCGCUCGGCUAAAGGGUUAGACCCGUUAGCUAGGGGCUAACGUGUCUAAUUAUUAGUUUACAGUCGUCACCCUCCCCGGAAGCGCGCCCUCGCGCUUGUUCUUCCCGCGCUCCGAAGAGACUUCUGAGGAUCUGCACACUUCCGGAUCCCGCCGCUGCCACCAAUGUGACCGGUUAUUUUGUUGCCCGGUGCGGGAUUCGAUACGGGGUGUACUGCACCACAAGGCGACGUCACUAACCGCUCGGCUAAAGGGUCAGACUCGUUAGCUAGGGGCUAACGUGUCAUAUUAGUAGUUUACAGUAGUGUAAUAAAGAUUGAAGAAUCUUGCUUCAGAAGCAGCAGCCUACCCGAGUUUCCAACUAGAUAUGACAAUGUCGGAUUACUUGGGUCGCCUGUGUCCUAGACGAUUACCGUCAUUUUUUA